AUGCAAGAAUUGCGGAUUCAACGUAGUGCUUCAGUAUUAGAUACCCCAUAUCCAAAUAAGUCUAUUCGUGCGUCGCCUUAUCAUCAUUAUAUGAAUAAUACUUACUCAAACGGCGGUUAUUUGUCAAUGAAUGAUCCAGCUAUACAACCUACACCAGAGUGUACACGAAUUGAAGUUGUUGUAUCGGAAUUUGCCAAAGGUGAAGUAUCAGUGAAAUUGAGACGUGAUAAUACCCUAUUAGUACAUGCUCUGCAUCUUGAUCAAUAUGCCGCAGAUAAUUUUUUUCGAAAAGAAUUGGUAAAAACAUUUCCUAUACCAGAGGGAGCCGAUGUUGAUAGAAUACAAUCCAUCAUUAGAGAAACAGGUGUGUUGACAAUUGAUAUUCCAAUGUUACGAGAUCAGGAGGCAAUUAGACGUUCUCAUGAACAAUUAUUUGGUAAAUAUGACGCCAAAAGAGCUGAACAAUCAACAAUUAUCGCUCAGAGAUCAUCAUCUCAGGGAAAUAUUGGAGGUACUGGUCUAACACGAUCUGUUCCAACAUCAACGAAUAAACGUGAUUACAAUGACUAUUCAACAAAACCAAUGAGGAGUGACAGUUCAAUUGAUAUUGGUGAAUUUCGUCAUGGUAUUAAUAACGUUCAUCAUCAGACUGAUCGGCAUUCUAAUACAUCUGCUAGACGUUUUCAACAAAAUCAAAAUUCACAUCAUUACAAAGAUUCGAAGCUGUUCAACAUCGCUGAAUUUCUUCAAUCGAAAUUUUCGCCCACUUUUACGCCAAAUGGUAAAACAUUAAUAUUAAAAUUGGAUGUAAAAGGUUAUGAUGUACCAGAUUUAAGUUUAAAAUUAUUUGAUAACACAUUAUCAGUGCAAGGACAAAAAUGUAAUGGAAAAGAUUCUACUAAUAAUAAUCAAGUGUACGAUGCACAAAAAGGUUUUAGCCAAAGUAUAAAAUUACCAGACGGUAUUGAUACAAACAGGAUUGUAUCACAUGUAUCGCAAGAUAAUUAUUUAAUAAUUGAGAUUCCGUUAGUGAGACGAAUGUAA